AUGUUACCAGGUGAAGAAUACAAUAUGCUUGGCCGUGAUUAUGCAAGUGUCGAUCUGGAGGAUGAUACUUCUGAUGAACUGCAAGGUGCCUCUGCUUCAAAGGAACAGGCGGCAAACGCUACUGGAGGCACCUCGUGGUACUAUAAUCAGAGGAAUGCAUAUGAUCAGAGUGCUGCAGACUCUUCACAGGUUACAUUUAUUGCCCCAACAACGGUUCCUGUUCUAAGAAGUGCAGUCUCAGCUCACAACAACCAAGUUUGUAGCACAUGGGGUAACUCCUACUUCAAAACUUUUGAUGGAGAUAUAUUUUAUUACCCUGGCACUUGCAACUAUCUGUAUGCUUCAAACUGCAAGAACAGUUAUGAGGCAUUUAACAUCCAGAUCAGACGGACCAUAGUGAACAGCCUUCCCGUCAUCAGCCACAUCAUUAUGACGAUAGACGGGCUCUUGAUUGAAAUUACCAAUGGAACCAUUGCAUUUAAUGGCGGACAGGUGGAUCUACCAUACAGUUUCUCUGGGGUCCAGAUUGAUAGAAUUGGCAUGUACAUCAGGGUUGUUGCCAAGAUAGGUCUGGAAUUUAUGUGGAAUGAAGACGAUGCAAUUUUGUUGGAGCUGGGUACUCAGUUUGCCAAUCAGACUUGCGGCCUUUGUGGAGAUUUCAACGGCAUUCCGGUUUACAAUGAAUUUAUUAUAAACAAUGCUCAGAUGACUCCCAUUCAAUAUGGAAACAUUCAGAAAUUGAAUGGGCCGACGGAAACGUGUCAAGACCUAACAGUUCAGGUCCAAAAUAACUGCACAGACUCUAGAAGACUGUGUGAAGUGAUCCUGACAAACUCUGCGUUUUCCUCGUGUAACCAUCUCCUAGACCCCUCUUUAUACAUCAAUGCUUGUGUACAGGAUCUGUGCAGAUGUGCACAAAAUGCAACCGGAUUUUGCCUUUGUAGUACCUUCACUGAAUAUUCCCGCCAAUGUGCUCAUGCUGGUGGGCAGCCUAACAACUGGAGAACUGCCAAACUGUGCCCUCUUCAAUGCAGCUACAACCUGGAGUACAGAGAAUGUGGAAGCCAGUGUCCUGACACUUGUAGUAACCCUGAUCGCUCGUCAGUCUGCGAUAGUCACUGUAUUGAUGGAUGCUUCUGCCCUGCAGGAACUGUAUUUGAUGACAUCAAAAACACUGGCUGUAUUCCCAAGCAGCAGUGUGCCUGUACUUACAAUGGAAAGGUCUAUAACUCAGGCACUGGAUAUUCAGUUCAAUGUCAAGUUUGUACCUGUGCCAAUGGAAAAUGGAAAUGUUCAGAACAAGACUGUCAGGGAACCUGUUCAAUUGAGGGAGGAUCUCAUAUAACCUCCUUUGAUGCAACACGUUAUAACUUCCAUGGUGAUUGCUCCUAUGUCCUGUCUAAGGUCUGCAACAACAACUCAUUCAGUGUGCUGGGAGAACUGCUGCAAUGUGGUCUGACUACCACUGAGACCUGUUUAAAGAGUAUCACCCUCAGUUUAAAUAAUGGAAAUGAUCUUGUUUAUAUAAAACCAUGCGGCAGUGUGUACGUGAACUCAAUUUAUACUCAGCUACCCAUCUCGACAGCCAGUGUCACCAUUUUUAUGCCUUCAUCAUUCUACAUCAUUGUACAAACUAAGAUUGGGAUCCAAAUUCAAGUCCAGCUCAUUCCCAUUAUGCAGUUGUACAUCAGACUCGAUCCAGUCUACAAGAAUCAAGUGUGUGGUCUCUGUGGCAACUAUAACAGCAUUCAAGCUGAUGACUUCCAAGUUCUUAGUGGAGUUAUUGAAGGCAGUGCUUCAUCCUUUGCCAACACCUGGAAGACCCAAGGCAGCUGUCCUAACAGUGUAACCAGCUUUGAAAAUCCAUGCUCCCUUAGCGUUCAAAAUGCGCAAUAUGCUACUCACUGGUGCUCAAUGAUAAGCGAUCCUGAUGGUCCUUUUGCUGCAUGCCACCAGAGAGUUACUCCUGACACCUACCAGUCGAACUGUAUGUACGAUUCAUGCAAUUAUGCCAACAGCGAGGACAGCAUGUGUGCUGCACUGUCUGCUUAUGUACAUACCUGUGCCAAAGCAGGAAUUUUACUGAAAGGAUGGAGAAAAAAUGUCUGCCAGACGUAUACAACCACAUGCCCCAACACCUUGACCUACAGUUACAACGUAAAGACCUGCCAGAACACCUGCCGCUCCCUCAGUGAACACGACAUCACCUGUGACAUCUCUUUUGUUCCUGUUGAUGGCUGCAUUUGCCAAAAUGGAACCUACAUGGAUGACAGUGGAAUAUGUGUGCUUCAGUCCUCUUGUCCUUGUUAUUACAAGGGUUCGGCAGUACCUCCAGGAGAGGUGGUCCAUCAGAAUGGAGCCCUGUGCACAUGUACUUUGGGAAAACUGAACUGCAUUGGACAAAUAACUCCAGUGGCUGCAUGUCGGGCACCCAUGGAGUACUUUGACUGUACCAACGCAUCUGUAGGCACAAAGGGAUCGGAGUGCCAGAAGAGUUGCCAAACCCUUGACAUGACUUGUUACAGUGCACAGUGUGUGUCAGGCUGCAUCUGUCCACGUGGACUGAUAGCUGAUGGACAAGGAGGAUGCGUGAGAGAGGAACAGUGUCCUUGUAUACACAACAAUAUCCCCUAUAGUCCAGGAGCCACAAUCCAGAUCACGUGCAACACUUGCACCUGCAAUAACAGAAUAUGGAGCUGCACAAAUGAGCCCUGUCUGGGCACCUGUUCUGUAUAUGGCGAUGGCCACUUUCUCACCUUUGACAGUAAAUUAUAUGACUUUGAUGGAGCCUGUGAAUAUACAUUGGCUCAGGAUUACUGCACUGGUGACCCCAACAAUGGAACUUUCCGUGUCAUGGUUGAAAAUAUCCCAUGUGGUACUACAGGAACCACCUGUUCUAAAUCCCUCAAAGUUUACCUUGGAAAAGAUGAACUGAUACUUAAUCAAGAUACAUUUGAGAUUGUGAAACAAGAUUCUGGAAAGUACAUACCAUACAAGGUCCACCAGAUGGGUAAAUACAUGGUAAUUGAAGCCCUUAAUGGAUUGAUUCUGACGUGGGACAAGGGAACCAGCAUAUACCUCAAACUGGAUUCAAGCUUCCAGGGUAAAGUCUGUGGUCUUUGUGGUAACUAUGAUGGAAAUUUUGUCAAUGACUAUACAACCAGAAGUAUGGCUGUGGUUGGAGAUGUUCUGGAAUUUGGUAAUAGCUGGAAAAUGUCUCCCAGUUGCUUGGAUUCUGUGAAUACAGUAGAUCCCUGCUCUUCCAACCCAUACAGACAGGCCUGGUCACAGAAACAGUGCAGUGUUAUCACAAGUGAUACAUUCUCAAACUGUCACUCCCUGGUGAACCCACUGAACUAUUAUGAUGCUUGUGUAAAUGAUGCUUGUGCCUGUGAUACUGGUGGGGAUUGUGAGUGCUUAUGUACUGCUAUAGCUGCAUACGCCCAAGCCUGCAGUGAGGCCGGAGUCUGUGUCAGCUGGAGAAACCCAAACUUGUGUCCCAUUUUCUGUGAUUUCUACAAUGGCGGGGAAGGACACUGUGAGUGGCACUACAACCCAUGCGGUGUUCAAGGUUCUGAGUGCAUGAAAACCUGCAGGAACCCUAAUGGAACAUGUUACCAUAAACUGGCAGGCCUGGAAGGAUGUUACCCUAAGUGCCCAAAUGAAAGACCCUAUUUUGAUGAGGAUAAAAUGGAAUGUGUUGCAAUAUGUCCAUGCUAUUCAAUUAAUGGAACACUGUACGAGGUUGGUCAAAAGAUGCCUCGUGAUGAGCGUGACGAUAACUGUACAACCUGCAUAUGUUCUCCAAAUGGCAGACAAUGUACUCUCCAAGACUGCUGUGUGUAUAAUGGCACAGUAUAUAUGGCCCCAAACAUUGUUUACAACACCACUGAUGGCAUGGGAGGCUGUAUUGUUGGAUAUUGCAUUAAAGGAAGCAUCAGAGGAACUAAUACACCCUGCAGCCCGACGUCUACACCAACUACAGUGUUCAGCUUCUCUACUACAACUCCUGUGACUACAGCAACACUCACUAGCACUACAGUAUGUACUAUUACUGAAACAGAUGCAGGGUGCACAUGGUCAGAAUGGUAUGACGUGAAAUCUCCAGAUGCAGAAAUAGACAGUGGGGAUUUUGAAACUUUUGAAAACAUCAAGAAAGAGGGUUUUAACAUUUGUGAUGCACCUCAAAAUAUAGACUGCAGAGCAAAGCAUUAUCCUAAUGAUUCAAUAGUAGCUUUAGGUCAACAGGUCACAUGCAGCAAAUAUGUUGGUCUAAUCUGCCUUAAUAGCCAACAGCCACAGAACAUUUGCUAUGAUUAUCAGAUCAGAAUUCAAUGCUGUUCCUCAAAAACAAACUGUAGUGAAAUAACAACUGUAUCACCACAAUCAACUACAGUUGCUAAGACAACCUCCAAUUACUCUACAACAGAAAGCACUGCUACAACACAAACAUAUAAAACUCCUUUUACCAGACUUACAACUCAAGUUACAGUCUCCACUUCAUCCUCUCCAUCCAGCACAAGUGGGACACCAAUGACUUUCACUUCUCCAUCAAAUACAGCAACUAGCUCUACAUCAGUUUCUACAAAAUCAACCACAAGAGAAACUCCAUCUCUACCCACAACCACAGGAGAAACACCAGUGACCAUUGUUUCAACCACUUCUACUUCACCCAUCACUUCAUCAAAUAAAACUUCCUAUACCUCUGUUUCAGCUACAAGUGUAACCUCAGUAACUUCCACUUCAUCCACCACUUCAAAAAACACAACCCCAUCAACACCUAUUUCUCCCAUUUCCACCACAGGUGGACCAUCAACCACUCCAACAACCAUCUCAACAAGAGUAACAACUACCUCUACCUCUUCUUCACCAACAACCACCACAAGCCAAACACCAAUCACUUCCACUUCAUCCACUUCUCCAUCAAAUACAGCAACUAGCUCUUCAUCUGUUUCUACAGAAUCAACCACAAGACAAACUUCAUCUUUACCCACAACCAAAGGAGAAACACCAGUGACCAUUGUUUCAACUACAAGCGGAACUUCAACCACCUCUACUUCACCCACCACUUCAUCAAAUACAACUCCCUAUAUCUCUGUUUCAGCUUCAAGUGGAACCUCAGUAACUUCCACUUCAUCCACCACUUCAACAAACAUAACCCCAUCAACCCCUAUUUCUCACAUUUCCACCACAGGUGGACCAUCAACCACUCCAACAACUAUCUCAACAAGAGUAACAACUACUUCUACUUCUUCUUCACCAACAACCACCACAAGCCAAACACCAAUCACUUCCACCAUUUCAUCCAAAACAUCAACUCCCUCUUCCUCUACUUCUUCAAGUCCAACCCCAGCACAUACAUCAACUUUUUCUACUAAAUCUACACCCUCGUCCACUACAGUUUCAACUACCACUUCAACAACUUGCCCAUAUUUAAUGAAAUGCUCCUGGUCAUCAUGGAUUGAGGGCAGUAGUCCAACAAUUACAUAUUCUAAUGAAAAAGGAAGUCAUUCUAAUGAAAAAAACAGUAAUUCCAAAACAUCAUCCAAUGGAAAAGAUGACAGCACUUCAAGAGAGGAUUCUAAGCAAAAAGAAAAUAAAUCUUCAAAGAGUGAUUCAAAUGAAAGAGGCAGCAAUCUGUCAAGAGGUACUUCAAGUGAAGAAAAUCAUGAUGCUUCAAGACACUCUUCUGGUGAAGAUAGUGGCAGCUUGGAACUAUUAAAGUCUACUGGAUCUGAAAUAUGUUCAGUACAGGAAAUGGCAAGCCAAAUACAGUGUCAAGUAGCAUCAGAUUCAAUCAACAAUAAAAAUACAGCAGUUUCGCAAUGUGAUAUGAAAACUGGCCUUGCAUGUCUUAAUGCCAAGCAGAAAGGAAUCUUUAUGCCAGAAUGUCAAAAUUAUAAGAUAAGGGUUCAGUGUUGUUCUACAGUUUGUUCGCCAUCUACACCAGGCCCAUAUGUCAUUACAUCAACUCAAAGUAGUACUUCAGCCACUUCCACUUCUUCAACAACCUCAACAAAACCAACCCAUCCCUAUUCCUCUGUAUCAACAAAAACUACCUCAAUCAUUACCUCAACCACUUUGCCCACUUCUUCAACAAAAAUAACUACCUCUACCACUUUAAUCCCAACAUCCAGCACAAGUGGAACACCAAUCACUUCCACUUCAUCCACCACUUCAACAAACAUAACCCCAUCAACCCCUAUUUCUCACAUUUCCACCACAAGUGGACCAUCAACCACUCCAACAACCAUCUCAACAAGAGUAACAACUACCUCUACCUCUUCUUCACCAACAACCACCACAAGCCAAACACCAAUCACUUCCACUUCAUCCACUUCUCCAUCAAAUACAGCAACUAGCUCUUCAUCUGUUUCUACAGAAUCAACCACAAGACAAACUUCAUCUUUACCCACAACCACAGGAGAAACAUCAGUGACCAUUGUUUCAACUACUAGCGGAACUUCAACAACCUCUACUUCAACCACCACUUCAUCAAAUACAACUCCCUAUAUCUCUGUUUCAGCUACAAGUGGAACCUCAGUAACUUCCACUUCAUCCACCACUUCAACAAACAAAACCCCAUCAACCCCUAUUUCUCCCAUUUCCACCACAAGUGGAAUAUCAACCACUCCAACAACCAUCUCAACAAGAGUAACAACUACCUCUACCUCUUUUUCACCAACACCAACCACUAGCCACACACCAAUCACUUCCACCAUUUCAUCCAAAACAUCAACUCCCUCUUCCUCUACUUCUUCAAGUCCAACCCCAGCACAUACAUCAACUUUGUCUACUAAAUCUACACCCUCAUCCACUACAGUUUCAACUACAACUUCAACAACUUGCCCAUAUUUAAUGAAAUGCUCCUGGUCAUCAUGGAUUGAGGGCAGUAGUCCAACAAUUACAUAUUCUAAUGAAAAAGGAAGUCAUUCUAAUGAAAAAAACAGUAAUUCCAAAACAUCAUCCAAUAGAAAAGAUGACAGCACUUCAAGAGAGGAUUCUAAGCAAAAAGAAAAUAAAUCUUCAAAGAGUGAUUCAAAUGAAAGAGGCAGCAAUCUGUCAAGAGGUACUUCAAGUGAAGAAAAUCAUGAUGCUUCAAGACACUCUUCUGGUGAAGAUAGUGGCAGCUUGGAACUAUUAAAGUCUACUGGAUCUGAAAUAUGUUCAGUACAGGAAAUGGCAAGCCAAAUACAGUGUCAAGUAGCAUCAGAUUCAAUCAACAAUAAAAAUACAGCAGUUUCGCAAUGUGAUAUGAAAACUGGCCUUGCAUGUCUUAAUGCCAAGCAGAAAGGAAUCUUUAUGCCAGAAUGUCAAAAUUAUAAGAUAAGGGUUCAGUGUUGUUCUACAGUUUGUUCACCAUCUACACCAGGCCCAUAUGUCAUUACUUCAACUCCAAGUAGUACUUCAGCCACUUCCACUUCUUCAACAACCUCAACAAAACCAACCCAUCCCUAUUCCUCUGUAUCAACAAAAACUACCUCAAUCAUUACCUCAACCACUUUGCCCACUUCCUCAACAAAAAUAACUACCUCUACCACUUUAAUCCCAACAUCCAGCACAAGUGGAACACCAAUCACUUCCACUUCAUCCACCACUUCAACAAACAUAACCCCAUCAACCCCAAUUUCUCCCAUUUCCACCACAAGUGGACCAUCAACCACUCCAACAACCAUCUCAACAAGAGUAACAACUACCUCUACCUCUUCUUCACCAACAACCACCACAAGCCAAACACCAAUCACUUCCACUUCAUCCACUUCUCCAUCAAAUACAGCAACUAGCUCUUCAUCUGUUUCUACAGAAUCAACCACAAGACAAACUUCAUCUUUACCCACAACCACAGGAGAAACACCAGUGACCAUUGUUUCAACUACAAGCGGAACUUCAACCACCUCUACUUCACCCACCACUUCAUCAAAUACAACUCCCUAUAUCUCUGUUUCAGCUACAAGUGGAACCUCAGUAACUUCCACUUCAUCCACCACUUCAACAAACAUAACCCCAUCAACCCCUAUUUCUCCCAUUUCCACCACAAGUGGAAUAUCAACCACUCCAACAACCAUCUCAACAAGAGUAACAACUACCUCUACCUCUUCUUCACCAACAACAACCACAAGCCAAACACCAAUCACUUCCACUUCAUCCACUUCUCCAUCAAAUACAGCAACUAGCUCUUCAUCUGUUUCUACAGAAUCAACCACAAGACAAACUUCAUCUUUACCCACAACCACAGGAGAAACACCAGUGACCAAUGUUUCAACUACAAGCGGAACUUCAACAACCUCUACUUCACCCACCACUUCAUCAAAUACAACUUCCUAUACCUCUGUUUCAGCUACAAGUGGAACCUCAGUAACUUCCACUUCAUCCACCACUUCAACAAACAUAACCCCAUCAACCCCUAUUUCUCCCAUUUCCACCACAAGUGGAAUAUCAACCACUCCAACAACCAUCUCAACAAGAGUAACAACUACCUCUACCUCUUCUUCACCAACAACAACCACAAGCCAAACACCAAUCACUUCCACUUCAUCCACUUCUCCAUCAAAUACAGCAACUAGCUCUUCAUCUGUUUCUACAGAAUCAACCACAAGACAAACUUCAUCUUUACCCACAACCACAGGAGAAACAACAGUGACCAUUGUUUCAACUACAAGCGGAACUUCAACCACCUCUACUUCACCCACCACUUCAUCAAAUACAACUCCCUAUACCUCUGUUUCAGCUACAAGUGGAACCUCAGUAACUUCCACUUCAUCCACCACUUCAACAAACAUAACCCCAUCAACCCCUAUUUAUCCCAUUUCCACCACAAGUGGAAUAUCAACCACUCCAACAACCAUCUCAACAAGAGUAACAACUACCUCUACCUCUUCUUCACCAACAACCACCACAAGCCAAACACCAAUCACUUCCACUUCAUUCACUUCUCCAUCAAAUACAGCAACUAGCUCUUCAUCUGUUUCUACAGAAUCAACCACAAGACAAACUUCAUCUUUACCCACAACCACAGGAGAAACACCAGUGACCAUUGUUUCAACUACUAGCGGAACUUCAAUCACCUCUACUUCACCCACCACUUCAUCAAAUACAACUCCCUAUAUCUCUGUUUCAGCUACAAGUGGAACCUCAGUAACUUCCACUUCAUCCACCACUUCAACAAACAUAACCCCACCAACCCCUAUUUCUCCCAUUUCCACCACAAGUGGAAUAUCAACCACUCCAACAACCAUCUCAACAAGAGUAACAACUACCUCUACCUCUUCUUCACCAACACCAACCACUAGCCACACACCAAUCACUUCCACCAUUUCAUCCAAAACAUCAACUCCCUCUUCCUCUACUUCUUCAAGUCCAACCCCAGCACAUACAUCAACUUUAUCUACUAAAUCUACACCCUCAUCCACUACAGUUUCAACUACCACUUCAACAACUUGCCCAUAUUUAAUGAAAUGCUCCUGGUCAUCAUGGAUUGAGGGCAGUAGUCCAACAAUUACAUAUUCUAAUGAAAAAGGAAGUCAUUCUAAUGAAAAAAACAGUAAUUCCAAAACAUCAUCCAAUGGAAAAGAUGACAGCACUUCAAGAGAGGAUUCUAAGCAAAAAGAAAAUAAAUCUUCAAAGAGUGAUUCAAAUGAAAGAGGCAGCAAUCUGUCAAGAGGUACUUCAAGUGAAGAAAAUCAUGAUGCUUCAAGACACUCUUCUGGUGAAGAUAGUGGCAGCUUGGAACUAUUAAAGUCUACUGGAUCUGAAAUAUGUUCAGUACAGGAAAUGGCAAGCCAAAUACAGUGUCAAGUAGCAUCAGAUUCAAUCAACAAUAAAAAUACAGCAGUUUCGCAAUGUGAUAUGAAAACUGGCCUUGCAUGUCUUAAUGCCAAGCAGAAAGGAAUCUUUAUGCCAGAAUGUCAAAAUUAUAAGAUAAGGGUUCAGUGUUGUUCUACAGUUUGUUCACCAUCUACACCAGGCCCAUAUGUCAUUACUUCAACUCCAAGUAGUACUUCAACCACUUCCACUUCUUCAACAACCUCAACAAAACCAACACAUCCCUAUUCCUCUGUAUCAACAAAAACUACCACAAUCAUUACCUCAACCACUUCGCCCACUUCCUCAACAAAAGUAACUACCUCUACCACUUUAAUCCCAACAUCCAGCACAAGUGGAACACCAAUCACUUCCACUUCAUCCACCACUUCAACAAACAUAACCCCAUCAACCCCUAUUUCUCACAUUUCCACCACAGGUGGACCAUCAACCACUCCAACAACCAUCUCAACAAGAGUAACAACUACUUCUACCUCUUCUUCACCAACAACCACCACAAGCCAAACACCAAUCACUUCCACCAUUUCAUCCAAAACAUCAACUCCCUCUUCCUCUACUUCUUCAAGUCCAACCCCAGCACAUACAUCAACUUUAUCUACUAAAUCUACACCCUCGUCCACUACAGUUUCAACUACCACUUCAACAACUUGCCCAUAUUUAAUGAAAUGCUCCUGGUCAUCAUGGAUUGAGGGCAGUAGUCCAACAAUUACAUAUUCUAAUGAAAAAGGAAGUCAUUCUACUGAAAAAAACAGUAAUUCCAAAACAUCAUCCAAUGGUAAAGAUGACAGCACUUCAAGAGAGGAUUCUAAGCAAAAAGAAAAUAAAUCUUCAAAGAGUGAUUCAAAUGAAAGAGGCAGCAAUCUGUCAAGAGGUACUUCAAGUGAAGAAAAUCAUGAUGCUUCAAGACACUCUUCUGGUGAAGAUAGUGGCAGCUUGGAACUAUUAAAGUCUACUGGAUCUGAAAUAUGUUCAGUACAGGAAAUGGCAAGCCAAAUACAGUGUCAAGUAGCAUCAGAUUCAAUCAACAAUAAAAAUACAGCAGUUUCGCAAUGUGAUAUGAAAACUGGCCUUGCAUGUCUUAAUGCCAAGCAGAAAGGAAUCUUUAUGCCAGAAUGUCAAAAUUAUAAGAUAAGGGUUCAGUGUUGUUCUACAGUUUGUUCACCAUCUACACCAGGCCCAUAUGUCAAUACUUCAACUCCAAGUAGUACUUCAGCCACUUCCACUUCUUCAACAACCUCAACAAAACCAACCCAUCCCUAUUCCUCUGUAUCAACAAAAACUACCUCAAUCAUUACCUCAACCACUUUGCCCACUUCCUCAACAAAAAUAACUACCUCUACCACUUUAAUCCCAACAUCCAGCACAAGUGGAACACCAAUCACUUCCACUUCAUCCACCACUUCAACAAACAUAACCCCAUCAACCCCUAUUUCUCACAUUUCCACCACAAGUGGACCAUCAACCACUCCAACAACCAUCUCAACAAGAGUAACAACUACCUCUACCUCUUCUUCACCAACAACCACCACAAGCCAAACACCAAUCACUUCCACUUCAUCCACUUCUCCAUCAAAUACAGCAACUAGCUCUUCAUCUGUUUCUACAGAAUCAACCACAAGACAAACUUCAUCUUUACCCACAACCACAGGAGAAACACCAGUGACCAUUGUUUCAACUACAAGCGGAACUUCAACCACCUCUACUUCACCCACCACUUCAUCAAAUACAACUCCCUAUAUCUCUGUUUCAGCUACAAGUGGAACCUCAGUUACUUCCACUUCAUCCACCACUUCAACAAACAUAACCCCAUCAACCCCUAUUUCUCACAUUUCCACCACAAGUGGACCAUCAACCUCUCCAACAACCAUCUCAACAAGAGUAACAACUACCUCUACCUCUUCUUCACCAACAACCACCACAAGCCAAACACCAAUCACUUCCACUUCAUUUACUUCUCCAUCAAAUACAGCAACUAGCUCUUCAUCUGUUUCUACAGAAUCAACCACAAGACAAACUUCAUCUUUACCCACAACCACAGGAGAAACACCAGUGACCAUUGUUUCAACUACAAGCGGAACUUCAACCACCUCUACUUCACCCACCACUUCAUCAAAUACAACUCCAUAUAUCUCUGUUUCAGCUACAAGUGGAACCUCAGUAACUUCCACUUCAUCCACCACUUCAACAAACAUAACCCCAUCAACCCCUAUUUCUCCCAUUUCCACCACAAGUGGAAUAUCAACCACUCCAACAACUAUCUCAACAAGAGUAACAACUACCUCUACCUUUUCUUCACCAACAACAACAACAAGCCAAACACCAAUCACUUCCACUUCAUCCACUUCUCAGUCAAAUACAGCAACUAGCUCUUCGUCUGUUUCUACAGAAUCAACCACAAGACAAACUUCAUCUUUACCCACAACCACAGGAGAAACAACAGUGACCAUUGUUUCAACUACAAGCGGAACUUCAACCACCUCUACUUCACCCACCAUUUCAUCAAAUACAACUCCCUAUACCUCUGUUUCAGCUACAAGUGGAACCUCAGUAACUUCCACUUCAUCCACCACUUCAACAAACAUAACCCCAUCAACACCUAUUUCUCCCAUUUCCACCACAAGUGAACCAUCAACCACUCCAACAACCAUCUCAACAAGAGUAACAACUACCUCUACCUCUUCUUCACCAACAACCACCACAAGCCAAACACCAAUCACUUCCACUUCAUCCACUUCUCCAUCAAAUACAGCAACUAGCUCUUCAUCUGUUUCUACAGAAUCAACCACAAGACAAACUUCAUCUUUACCCACAACCACAGGAGAAACACCAGUGACCAUUGUUUCAACUACAAGCGGAACUUCAACCACCUCUACUUCACCCACCACUUCAUCAAAUACAACUCCCUAUACCUCUGUUUCAGCUACAAGUGGAACCUCAGUAACUUCCACUUCAUCCACCACUUCAACAAACAUAACCCCAUCAACACCUAUUUCUCCCAUUUCCACCACAAGUGAACCAUCAACCACUCCAACAACCAUCUCAACAAGAGUAACAACUACCUCUACCUCUUCUUCACCAACAACCACCACAAGCCAAACACCAAUCACUUCCACUUCAUCCACUUCUCCAUCAAAUACAGCAACUAGCUCUUCAUCUGUUUCUACAGAAUCAACCACAAGACAAACUUCAUCUUUACCCACAACCACAGGAGAAACACCAGUGACCAUUGUUUCAACUACAAGCGGAACUUCAACCACCUCUACUUCACCCACCACUUCAUCAAAUACAACUCCCUAUAUCUCUGUUUCAGCUACAAGUGGAACCUCAGUAACUUCCACUUCAUCCACCACUUCAACAAACAUAACCCCAUCAACCCCUAUUUCUCCGAUUUCCACCACAAGUGGACCAUCAACCACUCCAACAACCAUCUCAACAAGAGUAACAACUACCUCUACCUCUUCUUCACCAACAACCACCACAAGCCAAACACCAAUCACUUCCACUUCAUCCACUUCUCCAUCAAAUACAGCAACUAGCUCUUCAUCUGUUUCUACAGAAUCAACUACAAGACAAACUUCAUCUUUACCCACAACCACAGGAGAAACAACAGUGACCAUUGUUUCAACUACAAGCGGAACUUCAACCACCUCUACUUCGCCCACCACUUCAUCAAAUACAACUCCCUAUACCUCUGUUUCAACUACAAGUGGAACCUCAGUAACUUCCACUUCAUCCACCACUUCAACAAACAUAUCCCCAUCAACCCCUAUUUCUUCCAUUUCCACCACAAGUGGACCAUCAACCACUCCAACAACCAUCUCAACAAGAGUAACAUCUACCUCUACCUCUUCUUCACCAGCAACCACCACAAGCCAAACACCAAUCACUUCCACUUCAUCCACUUCUCCAUCAAAUACAGCAACUAGCUCUUCAUCUGUUUCUACAGAAUCAACCACAAGACAAACUUCAUCUUUACCCACAACCACAGGAGAAACACCAGUGACCAUUGUUUCAACUACUAGCGGAACUUCAACCACCUCUACUUCACCCACCACUUCAUCAAAUACAACUCCCUAUAUCUCUGUUUCAGCUACAAGUGGAACCUCAGUAACUUCCACUUCAUCCACCACUUCAACAAACAUAACCCCAUCAACCCCUAUUUCUCCCAUUACCACCACAAGUGGAAUAUCAACCACUCCAACAACCAUCUCAACAAGAGUAACAACUACCUCUACCUCUUCUUCACCAACAACCACCACUAGCCACACACCAAUCACUUCCACCAUUUCAUCCAAAACAUCAACUCCCUCUUCCUCUACUUCUUCAAGUCCAACCCCAGCACAUACAUCAACUUUAUCUACUAAAUCUACACCCUCAUCCACUACAGUUUCAACUACCACUUCAACAACUUGCCCAUAUUUAAUGAAAUGCUCCUGGUCAUCAUGGAUUGAGGGCAGUAGUCCAACAAUUACAUAUUCUAAUGAAAAAGUAAGUCAUUCUAAUGAAAAAAACAGUAAUUCCAAAACAUCAUCCAAUGGAAAAGAUGACAGCACUUCAAGAGAGGAUUCUAAGCAAAAAGAAAAUAAAUCUUCAAAGAGUGAUUCAAAUGAAAGAGGCAGCAAUCUGUCAAGAGGUACUUCAAGUGAAGAAAAUCAUGAUGCUUCAAGACACUCUUCUGGUGAAGAUAGUGGCAGCUUGGAACUAUUAAAGUCUACUGGAUCUGAAAUAUGUUCAGUACAGGAAAUGGCAAGCCAAAUACAGUGUCAAGUAGCAUCAGAUUCAAUCAACUAUAAAAAUACAGCAGUUUCGCAAUGUGAUAUGAAAACUGGCCUUGCAUGUCUUAAUGCCAAGCAGAAAGGAAUCUUUAUGCCAGAAUGUCAAAAUUAUAAGAUAAGGGUUCAGUGUUGUUCUACAGUUUGUUCACCAUCUACACCAGGCCCAUAUGUCAUUACUUCAACUCCAAGUAGUACUUCAACCACUUCCACUUCUUCAACAACCUCAACAAAACCAACACAUCCCUAUUCCUCUAUAUCAACAAAAACUACCUCAAUCAUUACCACAACCACUUCGCCCACUUCCUCAACAAAAAUAACUACCUCUACCACUUUAAUCCCAACAUCCAGCACAAGUGGAACACCAAUCACUUCCACUUCAUCCACCACUUCAACAAACAUAACCCCAUCAACCCCUAUUUCUCACAUUUCCACCACAGGUGGACCAUCAACCACUCCAACAACCAUCUCAACAAGAGUAACAACUACUUCUACCUCUUCUUCACCAACAACCACCACAAGCCAAACACCAAUCACUUCCACCAUUUCAUCCAAAACAUCAACUCCCUCUUCCUCUACUUCUUCAAGUCCAACCCCAGCACAUACAUCAACUUUAUCUACUAAAUCUACACCCUCGUCCACUACAGUUUCAACUACCACUUCAACAACUUGCCCAUAUUUAAUGAAAUGCUCCUGGUCAUCAUGGAUUGAGGGCAGUAGUCCAACAAUUACAUAUUCUAAUGAAAAAGGAAGUCAUUCUAAUGAAAAAAACAGUAAUUCCAAAACAUCAUCCAAUGGUAAAGAUGACAGCACUUCAAGAGAGGAUUCUAAGCAAAAAGAAAAUAAAUCUUCAAAGAGUGAUUCAAAUGAAAGAGGCAGCAAUCUGUCAAGAGGUACUUCAAGUGAAGAAAAUCAUGAUGCUUCAAGACACUCUUCUGGUGAAGAUAGUGGCAGCUUGGAACUAUUAAAGUCUACUGGAUCUGAAAUAUGUUCAGUACAGGAAAUGGCAAGCCAAAUACAGUGUCAAGUAGCAUCAGAUUCAAUCAACAAUAAAAAUACAGCAGUUUCGCAAUGUGAUAUGAAAACUGGCCUUGCAUGUCUUAAUGCCAAGCAGAAAGGAAUCUUUAUGCCAGAAUGUCAAAAUUAUAAGAUAAGGGUUCAGUGUUGUUCUACAGUUUGUUCACCAUCUACACCAGGCCCAUAUGUCAAUACUUCAACUCCAAGUAGUACUUCAGCCACUUCCACUUCUUCAACAACCUCAACAAAACCAACCCAUCCCUAUUCCUCUGUAUCAACAAAAACUACCUCAAUCAUUACCUCAACCACUUUGCCCACUUCCUCAACAAAAAUAACUACCUCUACCACUUUAAUCCCAACAUCCAGCACAAGUGGAACACCAAUCACUUCCACUUCAUCCACCACUUCAACAAACAUAACCCCAUCAACCCCUAUUUCUCACAUUUCCACCACAAGUGGACCAUCAACCACUCCAACAACCAUCUCAACAAGAGUAACAACUACCUCUACCUCUUCUUCACCAACAACCACCACAAGCCAAACACCAAUCACUUCCACUUCUACAAGCGGAACUUCAACCACCUCUACUUCACCCACCACUUCAUCAAAUACAACUCCCUAUAUCUCUGUUUCAGCUACAAGUGGAACCUCAGUAACUUCCACUUCAUCCAACACUUCAACAAACAUAACCCCAUCAACCCCUAUUUCUCCAAUUUCCACCACAAGUGGAAUAUCAACCACUCCAACAACCAUCUCAACAAGAGUAACAACUACCUCUACCUCUUCUUCACCAACAACAACCACAAGCCAAACACCAAUCACUUCCACUUCAUCCACUUCUCCAUCAAAUACAGCAACUAGCUCUUCAUCUGUUUCUACAGAAUCAACCACAAGACAAACUUCAUCUUUACCCACAACCACAGGAGAAACACCAGUGACCAUUGUUUCAACUACAAGCGGAACUUCAACCACCUCUACUUCACCCACCACUUCAUCAAAUACAACUCCCUAUAUCUCUGUUUCAGCUACAAGUGGAACCUCAGUAACUUCCACUUCAUCCACCACUUCAACAAACAUAUCCCCAUCAACCCCUAUUUCUCCCAUUUCCACCACAAGUGGACCAUCAACCACUCCAACAACCAUCUCAACAAGAGUAACAACUACCUCUACCUCUUCUUCACCAACAACCACCACAAGCCAAACACCAAUCACUUCCACUUCAUCCACUUCUCCAUCAAAUACAGCAACUAGCUCUUCAUCUGUUUCUACAGAAUCAACCACAAGAGAAACUUCAUCUUUACCCACAACCACAGGAGAAACACCAGUGACCAUUGUUUCAACUACAAGUCGUACCUCAACUACCUUAACAUCCUAUCCAACCCCAGUAACAAUUAUUACAUCUUCUCCAACUGUUACCAUUACUUCUACUUCUGGAACAACUACUACCCUAAUAUCUACAUCUUUGUUUUCUACGUCAUCCACAUCAUCAACUACUACAACAACCCCCUUGUCUACAACUAUAUCAUCUACCAGUGGAAAAACUACAUCUGGACCCAGCACUACACCUAGUUCCUUUGUGACCACUCCAUCAACUCCAUCUAUUUUGUCAUCAGCCAGCACGUCAACACCUUGUUUUUGCCAAGUAAAUAAAUCAUUAUUUUCACCUGGUGAUGUUAUAUAUAGAACAGCAGACAGCAAUGGUUGUGAAUAUUAUGCAAUCUGUAGCAAUGACUGUAAGCCAGAUAGACAUGUUGGGGAUUGUUCAUCAACCACAACAGUAUCAACUCCAUUAACCACUGGAUCACUUACUACAUCAUUAACAUCUGGAGCAACAAAUACAAUACCAACAGGCUCAACACCCUUAUCCACAGUAACUUUAGUUUCUAGCACAACAACACCUGGAUUAACAAUAUCAUCAUCAACUGGAUCAGCAACUGUUCCAACCAUCACACCAUCUUUUACUAGUGUAACUUCCAAUUUCUCAACAUCAGAAUCUGUCAGAUCUUCAACAACUAUAUCAACUCCCGUAUCUAAUACAACCCUCUCAUAUCCCACUGCUCAUUCUUGCGGUGAAUGUGUGUGCAUGAUGCCAAAAUGCGGAUCUGGCUACCAAGUAGUUUCAUUCCUGCCUCCUGGUGCCUGCUGUGUCAAUAUAACUUGCGUGCCUGAAUCUGUCUGUGUCUAUGAAAAUGAUGUAUAUCAGAGAGGAUCUGUUAUUCCACAGCCACAAGAUGCAUGCCAAACAUGUGAAUGUUCUCAUGACAUGGAUAUGAAUUCAGGGUUUUAUGCAAUAAAAUGUUCCCCAGUUGUAUGUGACACCACCUGCAGCACAGGCUAUGAAUACAAACAACGUAGUGGAGAGUGCUGCGGGCAAUGUGUGGCAAAACAAUGUACCAUGAAGGGGGAAAACAACACUGAUGUCAGCAUUGAGGUUGGACAACAGUACCGCAAUAUUGACAGUAAAUGCAGCUACUAUGAAUGCGAUGAAGAGAAUGGUCAGCCAGUCCUAACCAAAGUCAAGACAGUUUGCCAAGAGUUGGACAUUACCACAUGUGACCUGAGUACACUACAAUAUGAUGCAGAUGGCUGCUGCCGGACAUGCCAACCUCUGAGACAUUACGAUAUGUUCAGAAGAUUGAACAAUUUAAGUCUUAAGAGUAAAAUGUAUCAAACCUUCAACAGAUAUAAAGUGGAGAAGUUGCUACAACAGGCAAUCAUCUGUCAUUUAUCUAGUACAUAUAUAAUGACAGAAGCUGAUUAA